GCCGGACCCCGAAGACCACCGCUACGCCAUUUAUGUUUUACAACAUAGGUCGCAAAGCGUUCAGGCUGGUCCUAAACCACAAGCGCUUGCGUAAUUGGUUCAUCUCUCUCGAUCUCGAUCUAUGCCAACGGUCCGGACUCCCUCUCCCGGGCGAGGCGGAAAAUGCCAUAUACGGGCAAUAGUCUCAGGGGGAAGUUGCUUUCAAGGCCUGCUUCGGAAGACUAUCCUGCAUCCCCCAAGCAUAUUGGAUUGGCGAACAUAUGGAUGGACAGACGCCGGAAGCAUAGUCGCUGCAACGACGCACGGGCAUCUGUAGCGCUGCCGCUCCCCAAGCGAGUUCUCGACAUCCAAACCACCCAUCGUUUAUCUGUACGAGCCGCAGCCGGGCGAGUUCGCUCCGCACGCAACUCAGCUAUUGCUGGGAGAGGGCGUGCCCAUCGGACGACGACGGAAAUCCUGGCGCACCACCACGCAGGCAUCCCUCUGUCCACAUUCCCCUUGACCUCUGGGAGUCCGUCACGCUGGCAAGCUGCUCGGGAGUCCGCUACCUCUGUAUUGACGCACUCUGUAUCAUCCAGGAUGAUCACGUGGACUGGACCGACCAGGCGGCUAAGAUGAUGUCGAUAUAUUGGGGUUGCUCUUUAAAUAUUUGCCAUCGCUGACGCUGAGAGCUGCGAGCGGAAGUCGCUCCCAUCAUCGACGACAUCUCUGUUCUCGUUGCCUCUUGCGGGCCUCUGGACAAGUGCAGGGACAUCCGCUU